AUGGCUUCUGGGUUUCUGGCUUCGGUGACGGUAGCUUUGUUGCCACUACCUGAGAGGGAAGAGAAAGGAGAGGUUGUUUUUUCAGCAAUGAUAUUUGAGACUAUUACAAAUCAAGAUCUGCCUGUGAUCAAGUGUGUUUUAAUCAAUCAUAAGAACAAUGAUUCAUCACUGGGGAUAUCAUCAUCGUAUCCCAUGGCGUCAGAACCCCCAGAAGACCUCGGGUGCUCCUUGAAGCCUGAGAGCACAGAGGGAGUCUAUGGAGCAGCGGCUGUGGAAGUGGACAUGUUGGCAUCCAUCACGCUGCAAGUACUGGUCAACACCCCAGGGAACAUUUCCUGUCUCUGGGUCUUUAAACACAGCUCCCUGAAUUGCCAGCCACACUUUGAUUUACAAAACAGAGGAGUUGUUUCCAUGGUCAUUUUGAAAAUGACAGAAACCCAAGCUGGAGAAUACCUACUUUUCAUUCGGAGUGAAGCUACCAAUUACACAGUAUUGUUUACAGUGAGUAUAAGAAAUACACUGCUUUACACAUUAAGGAGACCUUACUUUAGAAAAAUGGAAAAUCAGGAUGCCCUGGUCUGCAUAUCUGAGAGCGUUCCAGAACCGACCGUGGAAUGGGUGUUCUGCGAUUCACAGAGUGAAAGCUGUAAAGGUGAGAGUCCAGUCGUUGUUACAAAGGAGGAAAGCGUACUUCAUGAACUGUUUGGAACAGAUAUAAGGUGCUGUGCAAGAAACGAGCUGGGCAGGGAGUGUACCAAGCUGUUCACAAUAGAUCUAAAUCAAACGCCUCAGACCACACCGCCACAGUUGUUUCUGAAAGUAGGUGAACCCUUAUGGAUAAGGUGCAAAGCUGUUCAUGUAAACCAUGGAUUCGGACUCAGCUGGGAGCUAGAAAAUAAAGCACUGGAGGAGGGCAGCUACUUUGAGAUGAGUACCUAUUCCACAAACAGAACUAUGAUACGGAUUCUGUUUGCUUUUGUAUCAUCAGUGGGAAGAAACAACACUGGCUAUUACACUUGCUCCUCUUCAGAACAUCCCAGUAAAUCAGCUUUGGUUACCAUCAUAGAAAAGGGAUUUAUAAAUGCUUCCAAAUCAAGUGAAGAUUAUGAGAUUGACCAGUAUGAAGAGUUUUGUUUUUCUGUCAGGUUUAAAGCAUACCCACAAAUCAGAUGUACAUGGACCUUCUCUCAAAAAUCGUUUCCUUGUGAGCAGAGUGGCCUUGAUGAUGGGUACAGCAUAUCUAAGUUUUGCAACCAUAAACACCAGCCAGGAGAAUAUAUAUUCCAUGCAGAAAAUGAUGAUGCCGAAUUCACAAAAAUGUUCACGCUGAACAUAAGAAGGAAACCUCAGGUGCUAGCCAAGACAUCAGCAAGUCAGGCUUCGUGUUCCUCUGAUGGCUACCCCUUACCAUCUUGGACCUGGAAGAAGUGUUCCGACAAGUCUUCCAACUGCACAGAGGAAAUCACAGAAGGAAUUUGGAAUAAAAAGGCCAACAGAAAAAUGUUCGGACAGUGGAUAUCAAGCAGCACCCUUAACAUGAGUGAAGCCGUGAAGGGAUUCCUGGUGAAGUGCUGUGCCUACAAUUCCCUUGGCACAUCUUGUGAAACAAUCCUUUUAAACUCGUCAGGGCCCUUCCCUUUCAUCCAAGACAACAUCUCCUUCUAUGCAACAGUCGGGCUUUGUCUUCCCUUCAUUGCUGUUCUAACCAUGCUCAUUUGUCACAAGUACAAAAAGCAAUUUAGGUAUGAGAGCCAGUUGCAAAUGGUACAUGUGACCGGCUCUUUGGAAAACGAGUACUUCUACGUUGAUUUCAGAGAAUAUGAAUAUGAUCUCAAAUGGGAGUUUCCAAGAGAAAAUUUAGAAUUUGGGAAGGUGCUGGGAUCAGGUGCUUUCGGAAAAGUGAUGAAUGCAACAGCUUACGGAAUCAGUAAAACUGGAGUCUCAAUCCAGGUGGCAGUCAAAAUGCUGAAAGAAAAGGCAGACAGUUCUGAAAGAGAGGCUCUCAUGUCCGAACUCAAAAUGAUGACUCACCUGGGAAACCACGAGAAUAUCGUGAAUCUGCUGGGGGCAUGCACGCUGUCAGGACCAAUUUACUUGAUUUUUGAAUAUUGUUGUUAUGGUGAUCUUCUCAACUAUCUGAGAAAUAAAAGAGAAAAAUUUCACAGGACAUGGACAGAGAUUUUCAAGGAACACAAUUUCAGUUUUUACCCCACUUUCCAAUCACACCCAAACUCCAGUAUGCCUGGUUCAAGAGAAGUCCAGAUACACCAGGACUUGGAUCAUAUCUCAGGGUUCAAUGGGAAUUCAUUUCAAUCCGAAGAUGAAAUUGAAUAUGAAAACCAAAAAAGGCUGGAGGAAGAAGAGGACUUAAACGUGCUGACAUUUGAAGACCUUCUUUGCUUUGCUUAUCAAGUUGCCAAAGGAAUGGAAUUUCUGGAAUUUAAGUCGUGUGUUCACAGAGACCUGGCAGCCAGGAACGUGCUCGUGACCCAUGGGAAAGUGGUGAAGAUCUGUGAUUUUGGACUGGCCCGGGAUAUUAUGAGUGACACCAACUAUGUUAUCAGGGGCAACGCUCGUCUGCCUGUAAAGUGGAUGGCUCCUGAAAGCUUAUUUGAAGGGAUCUACACCAUAAAGAGUGACGUCUGGUCAUAUGGAAUAUUACUCUGGGAGAUAUUCUCACUCGGUGUCAAUCCUUACCCUGGUAUUCCGGUCGACGCUAACUUCUAUAAACUCAUUCAAAGUGGAUUUAAGAUGGAUCAGCCAUUUUAUGCUACGGAAGAAAUAUACUUUAUAAUGCAAUCCUGCUGGGCUUUUGACUCAAGGAAACGGCCGUCCUUCCCCAAUCUAACUUCAUUUUUGGGAUGUCAGCUGGCAGAUGCAGAAGAAGCGAUGUAUCAGAACAUGGAUGGCCACAUCUCAGACCGUCCUUCCGUCUACCAAAACAGGCGACCUUACAGCAGAGAGGUGGAUUCAGGGCUCCUGGUUCCACAGGCUCACGUUGAAGAUUCCUAGAGAAACAGUUUAGUCUUAAGGACUUCCUCCCUCCAACCCCCACCUUAAACAGGCUGUAGAUUACCAAAACAGGAUUAAUUUCAUCACCAGAAGAAAGUAUAUUCUCAGCUGCUGCUUUGCUGGACUUUUCUCUAGAAGCUCUCUGUAUUUACUCUUGUUUUCAAAGGAACUUUUGUAAAAAACAAAUCAUCCUUUGCACAAGGCAGGAGGAGCUGAUAAUUAACUUUACUGGAGCAUCUACCUACAUCCAAAGCCCUUCUUGGGCUGGCUUGAGUGAAAAUCGUGUACCUGAGGUAUAGUAUAUUCUUGUAAAUACAUAAAACAAAAGCAUUUUGCUAAGGAGAAGCUGAUAUGAUUUUUUAAAUCUAUGUUUUAAAAUAAUAUGUAAUUUUUUCAGCUAUUUAGUGAUAUAUUUUAUGAAUGGAAAUAAAAUCUC